AGUCUGUACCGAGUGAAGCGAGAUCAGUCCAACAGCAGACAAGCCUAAACUCUUCCUGAAGACGGGCCCAAACAACACACGCACCAGGCGCUUGGACUUUAGUUGCUGCCACUGCAGAAAGAGAUUACGUAAGUUUGUGACCAACUACAACAAGGCCAUCAUAGGCUCCCUUCUAGCGGCAGGCUCUGUGACAGAGCUGUUCGGCUUCUUUGCCCCUGAGACUGUGUUCUUGCAAGAUUAUAAGAAUCUGCUUACAUUCAAAGAAAUGGAAGAGCCAUAUCCACUUGGUCCAAAAGUUGAGCAAGCUAAAAAAGAGGUUUUUCAGGAUUUAAUUCGUAAAGGAAAAUUCACACAGACACAGCUAGAUGGAAUUGAUGUUAUAAUCAAUGCCGACAUGAACGACCCUUUCCACAAGGGAAAUUUACACUCCAAAUUUGGGACUUUCAUUGGCCUCCCUAUAGCAUUUGUAUACAACUCUCCCGCAGAAGUUCCAAUGGACAAUUAUCGAAUCGGACAAACUAUAACCAUCGAGGAUGGAACACAAGAGGGGGCAGUCCUGAAAAAGUCAAUUAUUCUAGGAAAAAAUGCAGUGAAAUACGCCCUGCUGCGGGAGUGUUUACUUACUGACAGUUACGACCUUCAGGUGAAGCAGGGGCUGAUGACGCUAUUCGUAGGAGGAUUUUGUUUGGUCAUGUAUACGGCAGCCACUCGACUAAAACGGCCGGCACAGAUUUUAUUCAGGGCCACACCCGUUAUUAUUUUGUACGGACUUCUUAUCUUACAAAUCUGGUGUAGGUAUAAACGACAGAGAGACUCCCACGUGGACCAAGAGAUUCCCUCGUUUGGUUCAGCAUAUGUCAAUGGGGGAGCGGAAUAUUACACACAGGUGGUCAAAAGAAACAAAGCACUACACUUCAUAAUGAAAGAUCUCACUAAAGACAACUUUACAGCCCAGGGGAAUGAGAGAGUGAACCCAGUAUGGAAUGACCGAAUUCGUGCGACUGACAAAAGGGACUUUUAUAGGCAGCAGGCGGAAAAACUAACCAAUGAAAAUAAAGAAGAAAAUAGUGUAUGUUAAUUAAUUGAAUAAAUUUAUUUCAUUUUCUAUUUAUAA